AUGCUCAGAGCGAAAAUGUUGUUCAAAGAAGAUUCCAAAUUCAAGUCUGGAUGGAAAUACGACCAUGUUUGGAAUAAUAUUAAAAACUUUGAAAAAUUUCAAGAUGGAGCUUCGAGGAGCAAGAAAAAACAAUCCUACUUCCUUAGUACC